AUGGCUCAUCGCUUACUUGUCAACGUCAUCUUCACAGGUGCCUCCGUGUUUGGAAAAGCGUUCACGGAAGCCUACAAGCAGGCCGCAAAAGCAUCAGCUGCUGCUCCGGCUGCCGGAGGUGCUGCUAAGGCUCGGUCUGUUGGAGGAAUUCCGGUCGAUGAAGCAUUCAAGAUUCUUGAUUUGGAUAAAAAGGAUCUUUCUCUCGAUAAGGUCGACGAAAAGUAUAAUUAUUUGUUUGAAGUCAACUCCAAGGAGAAAGGAAAUUCCUUUUACCUUCAAUCCAAAGUGUAUUAUGCCAUGGACACACUACGCAAAGAACUAGAAUACUUAGAAAAACUCAAAGCUGCAAAAGAGGGAGACCAUGGACCGACAGAGACAUAG